CUGAGAUCUGUCAGUGUAACCUUCCGCCUGCGGUAGAUGUGCUGAGGCUGGAGUAGCCACCAUUUUGCAUGUCUAGUGUGUUCCUCCUUCCAUUGCUAAUAGAGACGAUUCCUGGUAUUAUCUGGUAUCAUUCCGGCUUAGAAUGCCAGCUCCGAUCAGACUGCGGGAGCUGAUCCGGACUAUCCGGACAGCACGAACCCAAGCAGAGGAGCGAGAGAUGAUCCAGAAAGAGUGUGCUGCUAUCCGCUCUUCUUUCCGAGAAGAAGAUAAUACCUAUCGUUGCAGGAAUGUGGCAAAGCUACUGUAUAUGCACAUGUUGGGCUACCCAGCCCAUUUUGGACAGCUGGAGUGCCUAAAGCUUAUUGCGUCCCAGAAGUUCACAGACAAACGAAUAGGUUAUUUAGGAGCGAUGCUGCUGUUGGAUGAGAGACAGGAUGUUCAUCUACUAAUGACGAAUUGCAUUAAAAAUGACCUAAACCACAGCACACAGUAUGUCCAGGGUCUGGCCUUAUGCACAUUGGGCUGCAUGGGUUCAUCAGAGAUGUGUCGUGACUUGGCUGGUGAAGUGGAGAAGCUGCUAAAAACAUCCAACUCAUACUUGAGAAAAAAGGCAGCCUUGUGUGCGGUUCAUGUCAUAAGAAAAGUUCCAGAACUUAUGGAAAUGUUCCUUCCAGCCACAAAAAACCUGCUCAGCGAGAAGAACCAUGGUGUUCUCCAUACAUCAGUUGUUCUCCUCACUGAGAUGUGUGAGAGAAGCCCGGAUAUGUUGGCCCACUUCAGAAAGCUGGUUCCACAGUUGGUGAGGAUCCUGAAGAACCUAAUCAUGUCCGGGUACUCUCCUGAGCAUGAUGUCUCAGGCAUUAGCGACCCUUUCCUUCAGGUGCGGAUAUUAAGACUUCUACGAAUUUUGGGCAAAAGCGAUGAUGACUCUAGUGAAGCAAUGAAUGACAUUCUUGCACAGGUUGCAACAAAUACAGAGACAAGUAAAAAUGUUGGCAAUGCAAUCCUGUAUGAGACUGUAUUGACCAUAAUGGACAUAAAGUCUGAAAGUGGACUACGAGUCUUGGCCAUUAACAUUUUAGGUCGCUUCCUUUUAAACAAUGACAAAAAUAUAAGAUAUGUGGCAUUGACAUCUCUACUGAAGACUGUACAGACGGACCAUAAUGCAGUGCAAAGGCAUAGGAGCACUAGUGAUUGUUUGAAAGACCUGGAUGUUUCAAUUAAAAGACGUGCAAUGGAACUAAGCUUUGCUCUAGUCAAUGGCAACAACAUCCGAGGAAUGAUGAAGGAGCUGCUGUACUUUUUGGAUUCCUGUGACCCUGAAUUUAAAGCGGACUGUGCAUCAGGAGUCUUUCUAGCUGCAGAAAAAUAUGCUCCAUCAAAACGAUGGCACAUAGACACAAUUAUGAGGGUUCUGACCACAGCAGGGAGCUAUGUCCGAGAUGACUCUGUUCCCAAUCUUAUCCAGCUGAUUACCAACAGUGUGGAGAUGCAUGCCUACACAGUCCAGAGACUCUAUAAGGCACUCCUGGAUGACAUUUCACAGCAACCUCUAGUGCAAGUGGCGUCAUGGUGCAUAGGUGAAUAUGGGGACUUGCUUGUAUCUGGACAAUGUGAAGAAGAGGAGCCAAUCCAGGUGACUGAAGAUGAAGUUCUGGAUGUGCUGGAAGGACUUCUAGUGUCUAAUCUGUCGACUCCUGUAACUCGGGGCUACGCUCUUACUGCCAUCAUGAAGCUGUCUACACGCUUCAGCAGUGUUAACCGAAUCAAAAAGGUGGUUUCAAUAUAUGGAAGUAGCAUUGAUGUGGAGCUGCAGCAGAGAGCAGUGGAAUAUAAUGCACUUUUCAAAAAAUAUGACCAUAUGAGGCCAGCUUUAUUAGAGCGUAUGCCCAUUAUGGAGAAAACCUCGGCAAAUGGCCCAACAGACAUUGUCCAGACCAAUGGAGAGACAGAGUCCUCUGUUGUAGAGACCAAACAUCCACCCCCAGUCACCCAGCCAGCCAACCAGGCCAAUGAUUUAUUAGAUUUGCUCGGUGGUAAUGAUGUUCCAGUAAUUCAGACACUACCCACAAAACCAGCUUCAGCAGGUGGAGAGCUUCUUGAUCUGCUCGGUGAUCUCUCGCUAAGUGGCAAUUCAGCGCCUCCUGCUCCCACUGUCCCGGUUUCCCAGCCCCCUUUCCUUCUAGACGGCCUUUCCUCACCGCCCCUUUUUAAUGAUAUUGCUGCAGCAGGUAUCCCACCCAUGACGGCAUAUAACAAGAAUGGUUUGAAGAUAGACUUCACAUUUGAGCGAGCUAACCCCAAUCCAAACAUCGCUGUCAUCACCAUUCAUGCUUCCAACUCAACAGAGGCAGAAAUGACAGACUUUGUUUUUCAAGCUGCAGUACCAAAGACAUUCCAGCUGCAGCUCCUAUCACCUAGCAGUAAUGUUGUCCCGGCACUAAACCAGGGAACGGUAACACAGGUCAUCAGAGUCCUCAAUCCACAGAAGCAACACCUACGAAUGAGGAUCAAGUUAACCUACACCCACAAAGGCUCACCUGUGCAAGACCUUGCUGAGGUGAACAACUUCCCACCUCAGUCGUGGCAGUGAUUAUUGCCUGUGUGGCUCCUAAAAGCCCCGUUAAGGGAACUUUGAAAACUAUUUUCUUUUCACUUCCCUCCUUCUUCCAACGGAACCCGCUGUGACACACACAGACAGCUGCCCUCAAGUUGCAUGGGAAGCAGCAAAGAAUCUAACACAGAAAAAUGUUGAUGUUAUGAAGAUCUUAUAGAGAACAAUUCGGUAAACAUAUCAAUCAAUGUACUACUCUUGUGUGUUAUUUUUUUGUCAUGUAUUUCACGAUUUACCUUCACAGAUCAUAUUUGCGCCACUCACUUUUCAAGAGAAAUAAUCCAAUAUUUUCAGUUCAGUCAAAUGUAUGCUUGAUUAGAUUAAAUUAUCAAUACAGUUAAUAGUUCAAUGUUUCAGUUUGCAGUCAGAGUUUGACCUAAAGGCACAUGUCUCUUUGAUGGACAAACUCUCACAUGUUGUCAUAAAUCUCUAGGUUUAAGCCUUUUAGUAAUCUGUGAUUAUAUUAAUUUUAUAUUAGGCGACAAAAAAAUAACAUCACUUUUGUCACAUGAUGGUAACAAAUUCAUCUGGUGGUUCUUUUUUAGUUUCAGGGGUCUAUAAUAAAUUAAAAUGUGCAAACUUUCUGCAUCAAACCUAUCCAUACCUGGGUCCUCACAUUCUGGCUUACAGUUGAGAUGUUGCAUUUAGAUUGCAAAUAGUUCAAAUUUCUUUGGUCACCAUGCACAUACAUGGUAGUUUUGAAUGUAGUUACCAUGCACUGAAUGCUUCUCGUCUAUUAAUCUUUUUCAUAAGUCUCCUCUCUUGGGGACCCUCAUCCUUUUCGCACUACUAUGAUUUACGUUUGUCUUUAGUCGAUUGACUUAAUUAUUUAUGCCUGAUAUCAAAGUGAUGUGCCUUUCUGACUUGGGUGGAUAAAACUCUUGAGUUCCUUAAGAGCUUUGUUUGUACGUCUUCUUAAAUGCUGUUGGAAUCUGGGGUCGCUGUGCAGCUUCAAAUAUGAUCAUAGUUUUUUAAUUUGCUGAUGCACUAACAAUUGUCACAUGAAAUUUUCUGGAGGCCAAAAAAUAUAGUUCAUUAGUCCCAAUUUAUGUUCUUCACAAAUUCUAAAACCCCCUGGAGAAAUCAAAUUGUCAAAAGAAAUCUUGAUUUCUGGCAGCUAAAGUAAUCAGUAAUGAUAUCCCUACUGGUACUUUGGUACUGGCUGUGGUGAUAUUGCAUUACAAAGAGACUUCAAAUUAUAAUCGUAUCUAUGCUGUCUGGGACAGUGUUCUUAAUACCUCUCAAUGUUCUUGUGUUUUGGCAUUGGAAUGAGCUUGAAAAUGAAAUGGAAGCAUUGCAUGAAAGGAUGAGUGUUAUUGUACCCAUCACUUAGCAGCACCAUAAUGGCGAGUGGGAAUCACCAGAUGUUUAAUUGUGGGGUAGUUUUCACUAUACUUCACUGUCUAACUUAACUUGUGACCAAAUUGGUAAGACUUUUAGCUUUGGAAAUAUUUUGAGCUGUGUAUGUAUAUGGAGAAAAUUCACUUUUUGUUGCUGAAAAAUACUUUGGCUUGUUCUGUACAUACGGAGAGCUUUUACAAUGAUCUCUUGUACGAUCUACAUUUUGUCUCUUGUACUAUCUCUCAAUCCUUUUUUUUUUUUUUUUUAAGAUCAUUUUUAUUAAUCUUUAAUUUUCUAAAUAAUUCAAUUAUUCACCUUGUAUAUUACUAAAUACAUCUAGUCAGCACUGGUCUCCAAAGACCUCCGUGUAUCAUCACUCACUUAUUGUAAAAUAUAUGAUCUGCCUGUAUAUUGUAUAUAGUUACAAACAAAAGCUGAUCAAAUUAAUAAAACACAAAAGAUUUAGACAAGAAAUUAAAUUGUAUGCAUAUAUGUACAAAACUUAAUGAAAAGAUGCAAUUGAACUGCAUUAGUUCUACUAUUCUCCAUACUUCAUUCAUGACUGGAGGAGUCCCUAGUUUCUUUCACAGAGAUGUUGUUUGGGGCUUUUGGGUGUUGACAUGGAUCAGUGGAUGUGUUCUGUACUACUGAAAAACAGGGACGCACACAUAGAUGUGGCACUGGAUGUCAGUCCUGUUUUCCUGACAUGUAUUCUGUCAUCUUUAAGAAUACAUUUUGUUUGGCAUAUAUAAUAUACCCAUACUUAAUAGUAUGCCAAGUUGCACCUUAUAAUAUUUAUAAAUCUUAUGUAUGGGAUAUUGAUGAGUUGCAGCUUAGGCCUUUAUGGCAUGCGAUUGUAACUAAAAAAAAAUAACAAAAAGCAACAUACUUUUCGCAUGUCAUACUUAAGUUGGUGGUUUGCUCUUAUUAGAUCUGUGAGAUGACGUUAUAAAUCAAGUCUUUUGUUUGCCUGUCAGAAUAUUAGGCGUGUGUAUCAGGGUUUCAUUCAAUUCAUGUGAGGAGCUUUAUUUUGCUGCAAUGCUGCUUCACCAGCAUCAAUCCCAGGGGGAAAGCCUGUGCUACCAGAUCAAAACCACAAGGAGGAGCUGUGCAAAAGUCCUCACAUGACAGUGAGAUGCAUAGGCUACAUUUUUAUCUGAAUGUUUUUAUUGGUGGUGUUUUAUUGUCUUAUUCAUCCAGUGUAUUUGUUUGUCAUAACUUAUCAGACUACCGAGAAUCAUGUACAAUGGAGUUGACAUAUCACAAGUGCAUUGGACAUAGUAACAAGUGAAUGAGGAGAAGUGGACCCAAUAGCAGUGGUGUGCUCAAAGUGUGAAGUGUAGCCUUCUGUGUGUGUGUGUGUGUCUGUGUCUGUCUGUGUGCGCGCCAGACAAAGAGGACGGAGGGAUGAUGUAGGACAUGUCUUGCCUAUAUUGGACAAUUUCAAUUUUCAGCUUCUGAGCUGCAUGUGAAACCUGUGUAAAUACUCAUUUCUACUUUUUGAAAUGCAAGAAAAGUUUCAAACCUGUCACACCAACUUCAUGACACAGAACUUGGAUGUACUCUUACUUGGUCAGGUAGCGCCCUCUGUCAUGUUUGUAAGAGUCCACCAGCCAAUCCGUGAUUAAUUGGAUGUUUUUUAUACAGCUGCAGUAAAUUAAAAUGCAAACAAAGGGCUUGUAAAAGCAUUAGAAUAAUUGCAUUGGUCCCAGUUAUAAAUGCAUUCACUGUAUUUUAAAAACAACUCUUUGUAACUCCCCUGUACUGUACGACAUAGGGUUUCUAAUUAUUUAAUAAUUUUUGGAAGAUGAGGCCUAAGGUUGACCUUUCAGUCAGGUUUAGCGUUGAACUGAAUAACAGUUCCAUGACUUUCAAGGUGAGUGUGAAUGUCAAGACUGAAUAAUGAUCAGAUAAAAUGCUGUAAACUAUUAAAUGGGAUAUUUUCAAUUUAUGCUGUGUAUUGUCUUUUGGGUUGGAGAAAAUAAUUAAGCAAAAACCUAAAUAAAAAUCUAUCAAAGUUA